UCAAAUAAAAGAGAGAGGAGUGUUGAACAAUGCUUUAGUGGUCACUGUAUAGGUUUUAUUUUAUUGGUUCUUAAAUAAAAUGGACGGCUCAAAGUCAAGGAAGUCCGAUGCUGCGGCGACGAGGAAACGUCGCUCGUCGAUCCUGAAGAGCCAGCGGAACGUCCGCGCGCCGCUGUCUGAGCUGGAGUUCAACGUGGCCACCCCCGACCAGGCCAAGAGCCGCCGUGUGAGCUUCAGCCGCCGCACCGGCGUGGCAGAGUUCGAGAUCAGCGAAGCGACGACCGCUUGGAAGAAUGUGUACGAGGAGCACAACAAGUCCCUGGAGUCUUCGGCCAACGAGUCCGGCAUAAAGGCGGCGCCGCGGCGCGUGGGGCACCUCGGCGCGCGCGCCUCGCAGUUUGAGGACGAGGAGGCCGACGUCAUCGACACCACCGAGACCCAGGACCCUCCCUCUGCACAACUGGAUGAACUGCCCACCAACACUAACACUAUACAGGCCGACGUCAUCGACACCACCGAGACCCAGGACCCGCCCUCUGCACAACUGGAUGAACUGCCCACCAACACUAACACUAUACAGGCCGACGUCAUCGACACCAGCGAGACCCAGGACCCGCCCUCUGCACAACUGGAUGAACUGCCCACCAACACUAACACUAUACAGGCCGACGUCAUCGACACCACCGAGACCCAGGACCCGCCCUCUGCACAACUGGACGAACUGCCCACCAACACUAACACUAUACAGGCCGACGUCAUCGACACCACCGAGACCCAGGACCCGCCCUCUGCACAACUGGACGAACUGCCCACCAACACUAACACUAUACAGGCCGACGUCAUCGACACCACCGAGACCCAGGACCCGCCCUCUGCACAACUGGAUGAACUGCCCACCAACACUAACACUAUACAGGUAACACCUCACGAGGCACCUCGUGUGAGGCACUCACGAGGCAGAUGUUACACCACCGAGACCCAGGACCCGCCCUCUGCACAACUGGAUGAACUGCCCACCAACACUAACACUAUACAGGCCGACGUCAUCGACACCACCGAGACCCAGGACCCGCCCUCUGCACAACUGGAUGAACUGCCCACCAACACUAACACUAUACAGCUCUUCCGCCUAGAAUCGAACCCGGGCCACCGCGAGCUCACCGACAACCUCGACGUAGACUUCUCCGCCAUGGCGCCCCUUGCCGACGACCUAGAAGCCCUGCGGCAAGACCUAGAGCGCGAACCUAAGCGCGCCAACAUCUCAGAAGUCAGCAUCGACUUAGACUUCAACUCUACACACUUCAGCCUCAAAGCUGACGAAGAUGACAUGUCUAUUACCGACACGGUCCGCAGCCCCGCUGUCGCUGCGACUAAAAAACAAGUCGAAGAUUGGACGGUUGAUAAAGAGAAUAUAGUUAUCAAUCCGUACAUAGCGCCUCCGCCAGCAGAAUUCCCUUGCGAGGAUGAUAUAUUAGUGUUCGAUGGGAAAAAGUGCAAGUUUCAAUCGAAAUUGGAUCUUAGUGACACGCCUUUAGAGGCUGUGGGAGAGAAUAUUCCUCCGAAGACUGUGGUUGAUGAUAUGACACAAGCGAUACCUGUAGUACAAGCAAAUAUACAUGAUAAGAGUGUUCUCAAUACGGAGCGGGGAAGGACUGUAGUGUUUGGUGAUGAUGGGGAUAUGUCGGUAACUCGGGGUGUUGCUAAUAAUAUUAUAGCUGCAAAAGGUGUACUGGAGGAUAAGGAGAAUCAGAAAACUAUGUAUUUCAAUGAUUUGCCGGACAUGUCAGUUACACAAGCCCUACCAGCGGACAUCAUUCAAAACGAACCCCAGCUCAAAACCAUAUUAUACGAAGAUGACGCACAUAUAUCCAUGACCGAAGCUGUGCCCGGUCGCGUACUCGCUAGGCCUGAAAACCUUGCUCCAGAAGCAAAAUUAGAAAAUAAAAGAAGAACUAUUGUCUAUGAAAACGCCGAUGUGUCCAUGACUCUGGUGGUAUCGGGAGGUAUACAAGAAAUAAAGGGUAGUGAAGAUCGGAGAAAAACUAUUGUUUUUGGCAAUGAUGAUGGUAAUGUCUCCGUAACUGGAGUGUUGCCGGCUAAUAUAAUUGAUGAAGUAAAAAUUCAAUCUAACAUGGAACAAAGAAAAACUAUAGGUUUUGUUGAUAAAGAUGGACAUGUCUCUAUGACUGGAGUUUUGCCGUCAAAUAUAAUUGAUGAAGCUAAGUUAGUUCCACCACCAAAUAUGGAACGAAGAAAAACUAUUGUUUAUGGUAAUGAUAAUGGUAAUUUGUCUGUAACCGGCGUUUUGCCAACUAAUAUAAUCGAUGAAGCGAAAUUAACACAACUUAAUACAGGCCGCAGAAGAACAGUAGUUUUUGGAAAUGAUGAUGGUAAUUUAUCAAUGACUGGUGUAGCACCGGCGAAUAUACUUAAUGGAGCAAAAGUACAACAGCCAAUUGAACGCAGAAAGACCAUAGUUUACGAUAAUGAUGAUGGAAAUGUUUCUAUAACUAGUGCUAUACCAGCCAAUAUUAUUGAUGCACCAAAAGCAAUUCAACAAUGUAUGGAUCGCAGAAAAACUGUUGUUUUUGGAAAUGAUGAUGGAAAUCUAUCUAUGACUGGUGUAGCACCAAUUAAUGUACUUGAUGGAGCAAAAGAUCCCAAUGAAGAGCGUAGAAAAACCAUAGUUUAUGAAAAUGAUGGGGGUAAUAUCUCAAUGACUGGAGUAGUACCUGUCAAUAUACUUGACGGAGCAAAAGAAAUUCAAGAUAUUAAUACAGAUCGUAGAAAAACCAUAGUUUAUGAAAAUGAUGGGGGUAAUAUCUCAAUGACUGGAGUAGUACCAGUCAAUAUACUUGAUGGAGCAAAAGAAAUGAAUACAGAUCGUAGAAAAAUCAUAGUUUAUGAAAAUGAUGGGGGUAAUAUCUCAAUGACUGGAGUAGUACCUGUCAAUAUACUUGACGGAGCAAAAGAAACUCAAGAAAUUAAUACAGAUCGUCGAAAAACCAUAGUUUAUAAUAAUGAUAACGGAAAUAUUUCUGUCACUGGGGUAGUGCCAGUUAACAUAUUUGAUGUAGCAAAGGAAACCCAACAACCUAAUGCAGAUCGCAGAAAAACAAUUGUAUAUGAUAAUGAUCAGGGUAACAUUUCUUUAACUGGAGUAGUCCCCGUCAAUAUACUUGAUGAAGCAAAACAACUUCCUACAGAUCGUAGAGAAACCGGAAAAAUCGUAGAUGAUGGUAAUGUGCCUAAUACAGGUGUCUUAACUAAUAUCCUUGAUGAUGGCGCAAAGGUGCAACCUCUAAACGCAAUACGCAGAAUAACAGUCGUUUAUGACAGAGACAAUGGAAAUUUAUCCAAGACUGGUGUCGCACCGAUUAAUAUACUUGAUGGAGCAAAUAAGCAAACACAACAUAAAACUGUAUAUGUGACUGAUAAUGGAAAUUUGCCUCUAACUGCAGCAGCGUCAGAGAACCUUGAGGUUGCCAAUGAACCAAAUACAGAACGCGGAAAAACUGUUUUUGAUGAUGAUGAUAACUAUGUGUCUGUAACUGGAAUAAUACCAGCUAAUAUUAUUGAAGAAGAAGCUAAAUUGAUCCAGUCUCUAAAUGAAGAACGCAGUAAAACUAUCGUCUAUGGAAAUGAAGAUGGAAACUUAUCUGCGACUGGAGUGACACCGGAAAAUAUAAUAGAUAAAGAAAGUGAUAAACAACAGCCUGAAACCAAUCGUAAAAGCGUUUAUGGCGUUAAAGAUGGAAAUAUGUCUGUAAUAGGAAUUCUGCUUGCCAAUAUGCUUGACCAAGAAGAGGGAAAUAUAAUUACUCAACCUUCUAAUGCGGAUAACAAAAAAACCGUUGUUUAUGAAGAAGUUGAUGCAAAUAUGUCUAUUACAGGAGUUAUUCCCAAUAUUAUUGAUGAAGCAAAAUCUACGCAUACUCCUAAUGAACGCAGAAUAACUAUCGUUUACGAAGGUAGUGAUGUUUCAAUGACGGAUAUCGUUCCGGCAAAUAUAAUGCCUGAAGAUACCAACAUCGUAGUACCAGAGACACACACAAGUAUUAUAUGUGAAAAUACUGAAACUCAACAGAAUGAACUCGAGGUUUUUGAUGAAAAGGAUGAACAGGUUGAAAUGAUAGAGGCAGUUACUAUACCAAAACUAAUAGAAUCUGAUGAAGAAGGUGAUGUUUCUAUGACGCAAGCUGACGGACCGCAGUCGCCAAAGAAUCUUUGUUCAGCCACAUUUAAUAAGUCAUUGGCUAAUCAGGAUAUAACAUCAGUCAACAAAUCUUUGGCCGGCCAAAAAAAAUUCGCCAUAGAUAACACUUCAGCUGACCAAACAUUUGAUAAAUCGGUCGAUCCACACUCGGCUACCAUUAACAAGUCUUUGGCUGGCCAGGUUUCUACUGCAUUAGAAAAGUCGGCUAAUCAGGAGCAAACUUUCAACAAAUCUUUGGCUGAUCAGGUCCUUUCCACCACAUUCAAUAAGAAUUCAGCUGACGUAACAACCGCAGAAAAAUCGCAGGUCGAUCCACAUUCAGCCACAUUUAACAAAUAUUUGGCCAACCAGGAGUUAGCCACAACCAAAUCAUUAGCUGGCCAAGAAUCAGCCACAUUGAACAAGUCUGUGGCUGGGCAGGAUUCCACAAUCAAUAAAACUUUAACUGCUCCUUCAAUGUCAAUGAAUAAAACUCUAACCAGCAAUGUUUUAGUCUACGGUGCCACAACUGAGCGUGAAGCCAAGGGUAGUGAUAAUUCAUACAUAGUAGGGUUAAAUUUAGAGGAUAACCAAUCUGAAGAAUCCCCAAACGCCUCACUGGCUCUAUCUAAGAGCUCCGCUGAGCAGUUGGCCAGGUCUCGGGAAGAAGCAGUAAUGACACCACCAAAAGGAUCUGUUCUCGAUGUAUUACUUGAUAUGUCGCAGGCUUCAGGAGAAGAUAUGUGGAAUAAACCACAAAGUAACACUGUAACUGAACCUGUCAGCAAUAUAACUGUGACUGCGACCGAUACUGUGUCUACUUAUGAAAGCUACAUCCUGGUCAAGGAUGAUGAACCGGAUGAACCAGCGUUGGAAGUCACCCAACCUUUAGCUAUAGAAUACAAGAAGCAAAAGCAUGGUAUAGUUUGUAACCUUCAAAGGAAACUCAGCGAGCUAAAAGACAUGCUGCAUGUCAGACCGAAAUCUCCCAAAAAAAAUAAAAAUAAGAGUGAAACGCAGGAUCUAACGCAUAACACUCCAAAAUUGGAUACUCCCAAAACUACUGAUAGUUUCGAGAAGAGUAAAUUGCCAAAGCCUUCUUUAAAUUCUACAAGUUCAAAUUUGGAUACUCCUAAAAUUAAUGAGAGUUUUGAAAAGAGUAAAAUGCCAAAGCCUUCUUUAAAGCUUAAAGCCUUCAAAUCUCCAAGUUCUCCGAAUAAUGUUCAAGAAAAGAACAAGUCAGUGAGUAUCGAUUUGGCUUCCGAAAUGUUUAUACAUGACGAUGAAGAAUCUGUGGUAGAUAAUCAGAUACAGGUGGAUUUGACUUCUAAUGAAGACAAGGAGCAAGCGGACACAACUAGAUACCAAGCAAAUGAUACUAAAGCAAUUUUAGAUGCUUUGUCUGACUUUACUGAUACAAGACGCUCGGGAGACUUUGAACCCGCUCAAGACCAAAAUAAGACUAAACGCAGCUCCGCUCCGGAUAGAAAAUCCAUGGUCAUAUCAAGAGAAGACCUGUUUCGAGGGAUCUCCAUGGCCCAAGCGCUCAUGAAAACUGAAAUGGCACAGACGGAGAUAGAGUUAGAUGCGACAGAAGGCAGUUCAGAUGAUCAGGAGCCUAGUCCACCGCGCCUUAGCGGAGAGGUCGUCAAAACUCUACGUUUCGAUGACGAUGAUUCUAUUCUAGAGUCUAAAAUCCUUCAAAAACCUGUAUCAACUGAUUCUCCCCCUAUCCGAACUUCCUCAGUCAUACCAACAUACGAAAUCAGCGAUCCGGUGAAGGAGCUUAUGAAGGAACUUAUAAAACCGCUGGCGGAUGUGGAGCAACCUUCACCGAGCAGACCUUGUCAAAGCUCCCAAGCAAACCAUUUAGAUUCCAGCCAGAUAGAUUUAAUACCUGCCAAACCUAUUUCAUCUCCUCGCUCCUGUUUAACAAGGAAUGAAAAAGAGGUAGCUCACUCAGAAACGCAUGUAGAGUCACCACGGAGAGAACCGGGACCUGUAAUAGUCUUCGAUCCAUCCAAUCCGCUGAACAAUGUUGUUAUUCCACCGGUGGAUCAAGCGGUGGUUCACAAGUACAAUCCGAUCCAGUCGGCACACAGCAUAAGUCCAAGCAUCCGGAGCAUAGAGAGUCAGUGUUGCCAGACGGAGGCCCCGGGGCCGAGGAACAUGGACGUGGGCAUGGUGCUGGUGAGGUCCACGGUGGACCGAGGAGUGGCUUCCAGCUUGAUGCUGGGGGGCGUCGCGGUGGAUCGAGCAGUCGCCACUAACCCCGCUGUUAAGGACUGUGAAGUUAAUACGUCUAUAGUAAUGAAAGGCAACCGCGAGCUCCUAGCGGACAGCUCUUCCCUCACACUAGUGGACGACGCCCUGCCUCGGUCGCCUGUCCGCGUCAUCUUUAGUUUGGACGAGCCGUACUCGUCGGUUAUGCUCGACUCGGACCUGUCGUCUGUGUACGACUCGUCCGAGCUCGGCCGGAAGAGGGGACAUGUCGCGGCUAAAGGCCCGGAGGUAACGCCGAAGCCAGCCAUGAAAGUGCAGAAAGUGUCCAGAAACACAAAGGUUUCGAGAGGCCCAAGAAGCCAGUCUCCUAAAGGGAAGGAAGCCUCUGUGUCUCGUACGAGUAGCAGCAAAGGGUCGACGGUGACGGUGGCGCAGCUGUACGCGUGCGCGCGCAGCGCGACGUCCGCGUCCGCCACCGACUCGCGCUGCAGCAGAGACUGGCGGCCCGAGCUCCUUCACGAGGCGAGCUCCAAGAACCUGGUGGCCGAACAGGAGUCCAGCGUCAACGUGGUGGCCAAGAUCGACGUGCUACCCUUCAUGGGCACCUACGAAUGCGAGUGGGAGUCCCGUGCGGCCGACACGUGGUCGUUCCGGCUGCUGCGCGCGCGACUACGGCUGCUGAUACGACUAGAACACCGAGCGACUAACACCACUAGGGUGCUAGUGCGGGCCGACACGCCUGUCAGAUUAGUGACCGUGCAACAUGCCACCGUCGACCAAGGUAGGAUAGACAUGUACCAGCGACUACGGCUGCUAAUACGACUAGAACACCGAGCGACUAACACCACUAGGGUGCUAGUGCGGGCCGACACGCCUGUCAGACUAGUGACCGUGCAACAUGCCACCGUCGACCAAGGUAGGAUAGACAUGUACCAGCGACUACGGCUGCUAAUACGACUAGAACACCGAGCGACUAACACCACUAGGGUGCUAGUGCGGGCCGACAUGCCUGUCAGACUAGUGACCGUGCAACAUGCCACCGUCGACCAAGGUAGGAUAGACAUGUACCAGCGACUACGGCUGCUAAUACGACUAGAACACCGCGCGACUAACACCACUAGAGUGCUAGUGCGGGCCGACACGCCUGUCAGACUAGUGACCGUGCAACACGCCACCGUCGACCAAGGUAGGAUAGACAUGUACCAGCGACUACGGCGGCUAAUACGACUAGAACACCGAGCGACUAACACCACUAGAGUGCUAGUGCGGGCCGACACGCCUGUCAGACUAGUGACCGUGCAACAUGCCACCGUCGACCAAGAGCGCACGGAGCCGGUGGCGGCGCUGUGCCUGUGCCUGGCGGCGGAGGCGCUGCAGCGCAUCUGCGCGCGCGGCGUGGCCCGCGCCGGCGCCGUGCCCGCGCUGCUGCGCCGCGCAGCCGCCAUAGCCAGGGUGAGUACUGCAAGCAUAGAGUGCUCACUCCAUACAUCAGAGCGCACGGAGCCGGUGGCGGCGCUGUGCCUGUGCCUGGCGGCGGAGGCGCUGCAGCGCAUCUGCGCGCGCGGCGUGGCCCGCGCCGGCGCCGUGCCCGCGCUGCUGCGCCGCGCAGCCGCCAUAGCCAGGGUGAGUACUGCAAGCAUAGAGUGCUCACUCCAUACAUCAGAGCGCACGGAGCCGGUGGCGGCGCUGUGCCUGUGCCUGGCGGCGGAGGCGCUGCAGCGCAUCUGCGCGCGCGGCGUGGCCCGCGCCGGCGCCGUGCCCGCGCUGCUGCGCCGCGCAGCCGCCAUAGCCAGGGUGAGUACUGCAAGCAUAGAGUGCUCACUCCAUACAUCAGAGCGCACGGAGCCGGUGGCGGCGCUGUGCCUGUGCCUGGCGGCGGAGGCGCUGCAGCGCAUCUGCGCGCGCGGCGUGGCCCGCGCCGGCGCCGUGCCCGCGCUGCUGCGCCGCGCAGCCGCCAUAGCCAGGGUGAGUACUGCAAGCAUAGAGUGCUCACUCCAUACAUCAGAGCGCACGGAGCCGGUGGCGGCGCUGUGCCUGUGCCUGGCGGCGGAGGCGCUGCAGCGCAUCUGCGCGCGCGGCGUGGCCCGCGCCGGCGCCGUGCCCGCGCUGCUGCGCCGCGCAGCCGCCAUAGCCAGGGUGAGUACUGCAAGCAUAGAGUGCUCACUCCAUACAUCAGAGCGCACGGAGCCGGUGGCGGCGCUGUGCCUGUGCCUGGCGGCGGAGGCGCUGCAGCGCAUCUGCGCGCGCGGCGUGGCCCGCGCCGGCGCCGUGCCCGCGCUGCUGCGCCGCGCAGCCGCCAUAGCCAGGGUGAGUACUGCAAGCAUAGAGUGCUCACUCCAUACAUCAGAGCGCACGGAGCCGGUGGCGGCGCUGUGCCUGUGCCUGGCGGCGGAGGCGCUGCAGCGCAUCUGCGCGCGCGGCGUGGCCCGCGCCGGCGCCGUGCCCGCGCUGCUGCGCCGCGCAGCCGCCAUAGCCAGGGUGAGUACUGCAAGCAUAGAGUGCUCACUCCAUACAUCAGAGCGCACGGAGCCGGUGGCGGCGCUGUGCCUGUGCCUGGCGGCGGAGGCGCUGCAGCGCAUCUGCGCGCGCGGCGUGGCCCGCGCCGGCGCCGUGCCCGCGCUGCUGCGCCGCGCAGCCGCCAUAGCCAGGGUGGCGCUGCACUGGGGCCGCUGCAUGCGGCAAGCGAGCGCCGCACUCGCCUUCUCGCUCUCCGAAGAUGGCCGUCUCUCUCUAAAGGUGGCGAACAUCCCGCUGCGCUCCAUCUGGGAGGUGACGCUGGUGGUGGAGCUGGCGGACGACGGCCGCGGCACGCCGCACCCGCGCGCGGCCGGCGUGGCGGUGACCGCCGUGCUGGCCGCGCGCGCCGUCACCGCCGCCGAGCUGCGCCCGCUGCUCGCCGCCGUGCCCGAGGACUGGGGACACGUGCCGCGCACCAUAUGGAAAGUAUUCAAAUAUCUGAAGAACAAGAGGCCGGAGGACGACCUGUUCGUCGUGUAACGCACACACACACACACACCCACGCACAAACGACUACACGACGAAACAUGCUAUACUAGACUGCGGUACGGAAACUGCCUUCCGAGACGUCGACCCACCGACGGAGCGGCAGCUGACGUCAACGAGGGAUCAUUACACGUCGCCCUUAACUUCAGGGGUUACCGCCCGGGAUGCGAUGACUGACGAAAUUUACUACAAGUUACAGUUCCCAUAUAAUUAAACCAAGAAAAGUCUGCAGCGGUAUUGA